AUGUCGCCGAGACUGAGAGCUCCUCCUCUGCCUCCACGACGGCCAUCAACUGCCGUCUCACACAUGGACGAACCGCCACCAUACGAGGCUGUUGCUCACCAGCAAAAGGCUUUCGAAAAGGCUAGUGCCUUAGCUGGCCUCGCACAGAACGAUCCUCGAUCCUCAAGCCAAGACUCUUUAGUUCCGGAAGAAGGGACUCAGCAGCAACGAAGAAAGCUGCUCUUGGUCUACAUCCAUGGCUUCAUGGGCGCCGAGACGAGCUUUCGCAGCUUUCCAGCCCAUGUGCACAAUCUACUCACAGUCCUUCUGUCAGAGACCCACGUGGUGCAUACCAAGGUAUAUCCUCGAUAUGCCUCCAGAGGCAAGAUAAGCAUUGCCAGGGAUGACUUUGGCAAAUGGAUCGAGCCUCAUCAAGACGCCACUACGGACCUUGUACUUCUCGGACACAGUAUGGGGGGUCUUCUAUCUGCGGAAGUUGUACUUGCGCCUGCGAUACGAUCGGGAAGCGGACCGUUCAGACAUCGCAUAUUGGGCACGAUCAAUUUUGAUGUUCCUUUUCUGGGCUUGCAUCCUGGGGUCGUCAAGAGUGGCCUUGCCAGUAUCUUCAAGCCUGCCGAAGAGCCACGAGACCAAGAUAUCGGAGGUGGAUCCCAUACAUCGUCGAGCGAGGGAAGUCAGGUAGAAUCCCGACCACAGAUACCUAGUCCCACCCCUUCAGCACAGCGUGUAGAUACUCUAUGGGCUCCCGGUAAACAGGAUCCAAACUAUAACCCGUCGUUUGCUAAUGACGUUGUGUUGCCUGUUCGAAAGGGCUGGCGUAAUGCAUGGCACUUCAUUAACAAGCAUUCCGACGACCUUACACAAGCGACCAAGAAACUUGUUUCGUCGCACCUCGAAUUUGGCGGCGCAAUGGCCAAUUAUGGCGAGUUGAAGUCGCGAUAUGCUAGAGUGAGAGCUUUGGAAGAAGUAGAUGGGAGAGUCCGUCAAUCCGUCGUGGAAGGAGGAGUGCCCCCUCGGGUGCGAUUCGUGAAUUACUAUACGGCUAGUACGGGACGGUUCAAGAAGCCCAAAUCGCCACCUCGCGAGUCAUCCAGAAGUCAGCAUGGAUCACGAUCACUUUCUCCAGCAGAUCACCCUCCAGAUCUGCAUGCCCGAACGAGCACCGACUCUGUAGCGACUCGCAGAUCUGACGAGGAGCAGUGGGAGGAAGCUAUGGAGAGCAUGACUGUAGGCGACGCUGCAGAAGCAGAAGGUGUUCUCGAAAAUAAUACUGCAAAGAAAGCAGACCAGGCUAGUAUGACCUUACCAGACUUACCGGUCAAGCCUCCAGCACAGGUAGACUUCAGCUAUAUUCAAGACCCAGAAAUCAAGAAACUAGUGCAAAGAGAGCACGACAAAGCAGUGAAAGCGUACGAGGAGGCUAUCGGCAAGCAGCGGCAGUUGGAGGAUCCUGUACAUCAGUCAAGGAGCGAGGAGCCUCGGGGGAGACCAGCUGUGUCCCACGAGCGAGCCAAGAAACCAGAGUCCGAAAUGACACACUCGGAGCGCGAACAUCUGCGGCUCGAGAAGGAGCAGCAUCGCAUGGAACGCGAAGGGCGCAGAAUGCGUGGCGAGCGCAGUCCUGAACCGGGUCAAAGUAGCAAUCCGGAUACGAUCCCAAUGGUGGUGACUCCCCCUAGAGAAUCGAGCCCGCGGCCCUCGACUACUGCAUCGACAGUUGAUACGUCUUUCACGUACGACCAGAGCUCACUUGCCCCAGCAGCCAAAAGCAUGACAUCGGUGAAUAGCAAAGAAGAAUCGCACAAGCCCAGGAAGGACCGCAUGUUCUGCACCUUACCGCCCAAGGAUGCGAAUGGCGAGCGAGAUCCAAGGUGGGUCCGAGUAUUCAUGGAGAACGUAGAUGAGGUGGGGGCUCAUUGCGGGUUGUUCUUCGUGGACGAGAGAUAUGAACGCCUGGUCGGAGACGUGGCAUCGAGGAUUGAGGGCUGGGUCAAUGACGAAACUGGCGACGCCAUAUCUAAACCGCCCUCGCAGCCGCAAAAGUGGUGAGACGCAGCAGGUGCCGGGCCUUUCGAUAUGUACGCUGAUGUUCAUGCCAUCAAGGCUAGAAGUGCUAUCGUUAUGUGCUUGGGUAUCAUAAAUUGAGACGAAGCAAAUACCAACCGCUCCUCUCUUCACUUACUCGAAAAAGCCUCCGCCACUCUCAUUAUCGCUUUCCAUUUCUCCAUCCUUUUGCUCAUCCUGCGAAAGUUGUGGUGCCUUAACAGUCUGCUCCGUCUUUUUCCCUUCUGUAGUGAUCUUCUGCUUAACAGUCCUCUGCUCCUCUUCUCCCUCUCCAUCGCCACUGCUAGCCCGCCUCAACCUGCCCUCUCUCAAAUCUUUCAGUCUCCCUUCGCUCGCGCACUUUUUCACCAGCUGCCACAUAUCAUCAUCGCCCUGUCUCACCACUUCCCCAGUGCCAGUCUCACGAGGUCUCCCUUUCUCCUCCUCCUUCUCCUCCUCCUUCUCCUCCUCCUCGGAUUUUCCCUUCCUCUUUGUAGGAAACAGCGGUACAUAAUCCAUAUCGAGCGGAAAGUAAAUUGCAUAAUUGACCUCAUUCUCUCCAUCCUCUACCUUCCUCCUCAACUCCUCUAGCUCCCCUCCUUCGGCUUCAGCAUUCUUCAGCGCUUUCUUACUCUUCUUUAGUCUUCGUUCCGCCUUCUGCCGAUCGAAAAAUCGAACCUUGUGCCACCGUCCAAUGCACUGGUCUCUCUUGAUUGCAUCUUCCUCCCUCUUCAGAUCUUGCUCUGCGGUCUGCAGGGCCCUUUCCUUUUCGGAGCGAACCGUAGCGGGCAGCUUAGAUGAGUUGGGACCGUUGAGAAGACGUCUGAGGGAUCGGAUGGAGGAUUUGAGGUCGUUGACCGAGUGAGCUUUUUUGAAAGACUUGUUUCCGAGGUUGGCAGGGAGAGGUUUAUGUGGUUGGGCAGUGUUGAUGCGGUGACGUUUGUUGUAGGGGCGCGAAGAAGACUUCUUGUCGUCGUCGAAGGAUGAAGGAG